CAUAGCGCCGCAACUCACAUACAGAGGGGAACGAAACCAACCAAAACCCUUGGACUGUGCGUAGGGUUUUGCUCCUCUUCUUCGUCUCCCUCUGUUAGUGGUUCUUUGAAUCACAGAGAGAGAUGGCUCAGUCGCUAGAGUUGCUUCUGAUUCAGUUCUUGAUGCCUGACAAUGAUGCCAGAAGACAGGCUGAAGAGCAGAUAAAGCGAUUGGCGAAGGAUCCUCAGGUAAUUCCGGCUUUGGUUCACCACCUUCGCACAGCUAAGACCCCUAAUGUCAGGCAGCUUUCCGCCGUGCUUCUACGCAAGAAGAUCACUGGUCACUGGGCAAAGCUUCCACCCCAAACAAGGCAGUUGGUCAAGUCUUCCCUUAUAGAAAGCAUCACCAUGGAACAUAGUCCUCCUGUUAGACGGGCAAGUGCAAAUGUGGUGAGUAUUAUUGCCAAGUAUGCUGUUCCAGCGGGAGAGUGGCCUGAUUUGUUGCCCUUUUUGUUCCAGUGCAGUCAGAGUGUGCAAGAAGAGCAUAGGGAA